AUGGAUGAGGAAGCAAUAGAGAGCGCCUUUACGAACCAAACAUCGCAAUCAUCAUCCAGCAAACUUGAUCGAGGGAACAAACGACUCAACCUUUUAAGCAUUCUAGCCUUUCUUUUCGCGCUUUUUGUCAUCAUCGCUAUCAUCUCAUUCUUUGCCUGGCGCUGUGCGAAGAGACAGCGCGAUUUCGACUUUGAGACAUUUGUCGACGAACCGAGAAAUUCUACGAACAGACCCCGCCACUUUGGAACAAUAAAUGAAGCCAUGUAUCAAACUGACGAUGAAUCCAAGAAAAAAUCAAGAGCAAAUGCUGAACAAAUUGAACAGUGCGAUACAAGGCGGAUGACAAAACGGGGCAUUUACGAAACGAGAAUUUAG